UAAAAGUAGAAAAGGCGGCGCAAGGCCGAAGUCGUCCUGCUUCUGUGUUACAGCGAGGAGCCGACGACUUCGGGCAGCGCUCGAGAGAGAAUUAGGGAUUUUCUUCUUCUUGUGCUGUUCGUAGAUGGUCAUUGCGGUGCAGGACUCGAGAUCUAGCCUUUGCUUCAGUGCAUAGUAAUAAUGUCAGGGGCUCUGCAAUACUUGGAGUUACAGAGGAACGAGAGGCCGGAAUUGGCGGAGUGGUAUGACGCCCUUGCUGACCUCUACGAACGCAAGCUCUGGCAUCAGCUCACCCUCAAGCUCGAGAAGUUCGUAGCUCUCCCCGUUGUCCAGGCUGGCGAUGCUCUCAUACAAUUAUACCACAACUUCAUUAGUGACUUUGAAACGAAGAUUAAUCUCCUUAAACUUGCACAUUUUGCCGUUGUAGUUUCUCAAAAAUAUGCUGAAAAAGAGGCUGCUAUUAGUUAUCUUGAAGGGAUCAUUGAAAAGCUGCAUGCUACUAGGCAAACUCGAAUAGAAGAACCUAUUGUGUAUGUUAAGAUGCAAAUAGCUGCUAUUAAGCUUGAGAUGGGAGCUCCAAAGGAAUGCAAGAAACUUUUGGAUGAGGGGAAGACCACACUUGACAGUAUGACUGAUAUUGAUCCGUCAGUGCAUGCUAGUUUUUAUUGGAUUUCAUCGCAGUAUCAUAAGUGCUGUCAAGAAUUUGCAGAAUUCUAUAAAAGUGCCCUUCUUUAUUUAGCAUAUAUGCAAGUGGAAUCGCUUUCAGAAAUAUUCAAACUGGAUUUAGCCUUUGAUCUGUCCCUUUCGGCUUUGUUGGGGGAUAACGUCUAUAAUUUUGGUGAAUUGCUAGCUCAUCCUAUUAUCAAAAGCCUUCUUGGGACAAAAGCAGAGUGGAUAUACCACAUAUUACAGGCAUUUAACACUGGCAAUUUAGCUCGCUACCAAGAACUUUGUAAAGUUUACAAUUCUGCAUUGAAUGCACAACCGGCACUGGUAGCCAAUGAGGAGAAGCUUUUGGAGAAGAUAAACAUUCUCUGUUUGAUGGAAAUCAUCUUUAGUCGACCUUCCGAAGACCGGACAAUUCCACUGAAAAUCAUUGCAGAUCGGACUAAGCUUGCCAUAGAGGAUGUUGAGCAUCUUCUCAUGAAGAGUCUAUCAGUUCGCCUCAUUGAAGGAAUAAUAGAUGAAGUGGAAGGAAGAGUGCAUGUGUCAUGGGUACAACCUAGGGUUCUUGGAGUUCCACAGAUCCAAUCUUUGCGCGACCGGCUUGAUAAUUGGGUCAGCAAGGUGAGAACCGCUUUGAUAUCCGUGGAAUCCGAGCUGCCGGAUCUUGUGGCUUUUUCAUGAGACCCAAAUCUGAUAAGUAAGAGCUAUGAGUAUUCCAUCAUUAUUUCUUCCAUGCAAGAAAUGAUGUUAUGAUUGGAAGGAGAGCAGAAAAUGGAAAGAGAUGCUACUCUAUUUAUUCAAGGUGGGAUGGGAUCAGCUCUCCAAAGUUCAUUUAAUAAGAGUUAAAACUAGAAACAUGCAUACACAGAGAGAGAGAGAGAGAGAGAGCAGAGGGAAUAUUAUUCCUUUUACUUUUUUAUUUAUUGUCAGUUCUGUUGACUAUUUUUCUGUGAUCGGAAUUUUAUUUAUUUUUGUUUUU